AGGAGGCGCUUCUGAUGCAGUAGGUAGAUAUCUGUCGGUGUUUGUGCAAGUUCCUGCCUACUGCUUCCUCCCCAUCAGGGAGAAAAUACUACUACUACACAAGAAAAGCUACAACGCUCGCAAUAUCAGCAGGAUCAAGAUUCGGAAAGGCCAUCAGGCCAGGCCUGCAAGCAGAACAAGCCUUUAAUCAUGGUUGAAAAGAGCUUCACGAAGCCUCUCGGGUUAACUUUAAUUGUUGCAGCUAACAUGUUUUUCUAUGGCCCCACCCAUGCAGACGUCCGUGGGGUUGUCGGCCAAAACAUCUCACUACAGUUUACAUUUAACUCUUCCAUCAGCAAUUACAGUCGCAUUGGUGUCUAUAAAUGUACAGACAAGGAACAAAAAAUCUCUGAAUAUCCAAAUUACAAAAAUGCAUUUGAGAUUUACCCUGAAAAUUCUUCUAUACGUUUUCACAUUACAAAUCUGAGCCUAAACCAUGCUGAAAUUUACUGGGCCACUUUGUUUAAGACUUCCAUAAAUGAAUUAAGUGAAAAAGUGCAGCUGACUGUUCGAGUGGAGAACCGAAGCACCCCAGUUCCUCCAGUGCUGAGCACCAUCACCAAAACAACAACCAGUGGAAGUUCCAGUUUCUUUUCCUCUCGUGUUGUCACAGCUUUUGUGGUUUUUCCAUUUCUUCUGUUAGCUGCAUUACUUUCCUUCUUGGUCAUCUGUCUUGUCAAAGCAAAAGACCAAACACAAGAAAGACCGCAAAGAACCUCAAAUCCUACAAUAGAGGAAACGGUAGAGGUGUCAGUCAACACUGCUAGACCGUCACUGGUCUACAGCGUCCUGGAGUUCUCUAAGAGACCUCCAUCAGCUCUGGGGUUUAGUCAGAAUGAUACAGAAUACGCCACUGUCAGCUACCUUCCAGAAAAGAAGCCAAGGCCCCACACAAAUAAGUGAAUGAAUAUAAAUCUGCAGAUUCUCUCUUAGUUUCAGUAAAAAACUUUUUUACCCCAGAACCUAAUAAUAUAUUUCUUGUAUGUAUAUGAAUUGUAAAUUGUGCGUUGGAGGCCCUUUUCCUGGCCUACGUGUUUUGCAUUCCAGACAGAGGAAGUAGUUUGUUUAACAAGUGUAUGAAAGAUGUGUGUGGUGAUCAACAGACAUUACUGGCAGGAGUUACUGUGACAAACCACAAACAUUGACACCCACUGACCUUUUCCUCUAAUCAAAUAAUUUUGUUUCUGCAGCAAUAUUAUAUCUUGAUUUUAUUGUUAUGAGAGAUUAGCUCGACUAAAAUUAAGUUUAAAAUCUUGCUAAUGGGGCUGCACGGGGACACAGUUGGUAGCACUGUUGCCUUGCAGCAAGAAGGUCCUCGGUUCAACUCCCGCCAUUGAUCUUUCUGCAUGGAGUUUGCAUGUUCUCCCUGGGUUCAUCCUCCCACAGUCCAACAACAUGACUAAAGUAGUGUAAAUGGGUAUGUGCAUGGUUGUUUGUCUUGUAUGUUGCCCUGCGAUGGACUGGCAACCUAUCCAGGGUGUACCCCACCUCUCGCCUGUUGACUGCUGGAGAUAGGGACCAGCUCCCUCACCUCACCUGUAAAAUUUCACACAGUUGGAGCAUACAGAUUGGGACCUAUGACCCUCAAUCGUUGCACAAUCUCUCUAAACAAUCUUGAUUCCUGAUUUGUCUCUUAUGCUCUUUUGAUCUCACACCACAGGCUGUCUAUGGGAUUUAGGUUUGGGAACAGAGAAUGGCAUGGAAAAAGGUUGAUUUUGUGUCCAUUGAACCAUUUCUAUGUUGAUUCAGCUGUAUGCUUUGGAUCAUUUUUCUCUUAAAACACCUGCUUCAGUCCACCAGAAAAUUAGUACUAUCUUAUAGUAUCUGUUAUGUCUCCUUGUAUGUCUAAUAAUUUAUAACGUCUUGCUAUCUUAAAAGGUUUCCUGGGCUGUUGGAAGAGAAACAGGCCCACAGGAUCACAGAUCUUAACAGUGGGUAGGGGCUUCUCUUCCUUAUAUUCAUCUGCUGUUUCAUGGCAGACCCACCUGGAGUGUUAAUUGCUAUAAAAGCUCAAUCUUGGUAUCAUCUGACCAAAGCUCACAGUUCCCCUUAAAAUCCCUGUUGAAAUUAAUAAUCUCCACUUGCAGCUUUCUGACAUCACUCUGACACGCUAUCUACAUUGGCAUGUUGAUAGCAUCUCUUGUUUGUCAUGGAGACUUGAUGACUCCAAGUGAUGCUCCAAAAAAGUCUAAAUGACUCACAAAAAGUAUACAUUAAAAAGGGUCCAGUUGCAUUUAAUAAUGGGGUUAUUAGAGGUAUAAUAUCUGUAUUCUUAGCAUGCAAUUUUGUUUGCCUGGGGUUUGAUUUUCACCAUGAUACAUUUUCAGCAUGAUGAAACACAGUUGAAAAUUAGAGAUUAAUUCAUUUCCUAGUUGUUUUCACGUGUUUACCAGGUGUCCCAAUAAGUGUGGCUGUCACUUUACUCCAGAAAAUAUCAGAACUGCCAAUGCAAAACAAGAUUUAUCAAUGACUGGCAACACAUUAUCUGUGGUUGGUAACAGAUACAAGGCGUUUUUGAAUAAAAGCAAAGACAAAAAUUCAAUUCAAUUCAAAUUCAAAAAUACUUUAUUAAUCCCAAAGGGAAAUGAAAUGUUGUUGCAGCUCAUAUUAUGAAGGUUUCUUCAAAGAGCCGUUGUAGAUGCUGAUGGCUGUGGGCAGGAAGGAUCUCCUAUAGUGCUCCAUCUUACAGCAGAGCGCUACAGGAGAUUCUUCCUGCCCACAGCCAUGGUGUACCAAAGGUGUCGCCAGUCCAUGGAUAUGAUCCUGAAUCCAAGCAAUCUUGGAAAGGCAGCAUACCAAGGCAGCAAUGUAGAUAUCUGGUGCCUCCGAAAAUAAUAAAACGUUUAAUGUACAUCCACAUUUAUAAAUACUUUUUAAUUUGAGACAUUGUGGCAUUGGAGCAUUAAGAGAAUUAUCUAGCAGUCAGUUAUGACCAAACCCCCUUUUUCAUCACUAUUUCCUACAGUGCUAUCUUCACAGUUUCAUUUCCUUUUUCUGAUAAUCAAACUAAGGCUCAAGGGUGAAAUGAAACAGUUUUAAGAACACAAAUUGUGUGUAUAUAAUCACAGAUCAGCCUGUCAGCUUAAUGUUUACAGUUCAAAGAUGUGAUUUCCAGUGUUUCCUUGUAUCCACAGCAAUUUUUAUGUAUGCAACCAUUAUCUGACACUAUCUCACUGUAGUUUUACCCAAACAUGGUCUUGAAAGUUCUCUGUUUGCUGGUGCUGAUUUGUUCUUGUUUUUUUCAAUGGCUUUAUCAUACUGUGACUGCUGUUUAACCUCUCAUUGAGGACAUGUAAUGCAGCUACAGCCAUGCUUUAUUGAAAACAAGUAAGCUGACCUUGAAUCCAGGAUGUUGGUUAUUUUUCAUUUGUCUGGUCUCAACAACUAGUAUAAUGUGGGAGAUUUUGUUUUUCUUUUAUGGCUACAAUGAACCUAAAUUAGACAAGGAGAAUGUAACCCUGUAUUUUGUUAGGAAAAUAUAAAUGCUCAGUUUUUUAAACUGCCUUUAAUAAAGCUGCUGUUUCCACUUAUCUGUA